CGCCGGGGUUCCCGGGGCGCGGUGCGCACGCCGAGCCGCCCCGGCAGCCCGGCGGGCUCCGAACAGCCGCGCCCCGGGGCAGAGCCGCGGGGUGCGCCCGGCUGCGGGGCGCGCUCCGGGUGCCGAGGCGCUCCCGGAGGCGGGCGCCGGCGGGAGGCGGGCGGGGGCGGCUCCUCGGCCGGUUCCCGCGGGGCGGGGCGGGCGGCGGCUCGGCCGCUCGCGGGCUGGCACCGACCGGAGCGGCCGCCGGCCACGGCGGAGCGAUGAUCCGCCGGGAAGACACUGAACGGGCAGUGGAAAUUCUGACCAGAUAUCAAAGCACCCUGCGGUCCCCGGAGGAGCAGGAGCUAAAAGCCUCCAUUGGAAAAGUCUCGCACAUCUUCCAAAGUGAACUCUUCCAGGCUCUGCUGGAUAUCCAUGAAUUCUACGAUUUCACGCUGCGCUCUGCACCCCUGCAGCCUCCCAGCCUGGACGCAUGUCGCAGCACAGCCAGGCAGCAGCAUGGGGCCAGCGAGCCCAGCUCUGCAGUCACACCCGGAGAGCCCCAAAACCUACCUGAGGAUCCGUCCCGGGACGGUGAGCGGAGGCUUCCCGCAGGGGCUGGGGACAGCAUGCCGGGGACGCCGCCGCGGCUGGUGAGGGUGACGGCGCGGAGGACGGAGGCACCGGCCAGUGUCUGCAGCCUGGUGCUUGGCUCUCGCAGCGCCCUGCCCCAGGCCAGCCCUGCUCCCAUUAUCGUGAACACAGACUCGCUGGAACAAGGGCUCUCUGUGAACGGCAGUGAUGGGAUGUUCAAAUACGAGGAGAUCGUCUUGGAAAGGGGUAACUCCGGCCUUGGCUUCAGUAUAGCAGGAGGAAUCGACAACCCCCACAUUCCAGAUGACCCAGGUAUCUUCAUCACCAAAAUCAUCCCCGGGGGAGCAGCAGCCAUGGAUGGCCGUCUGGGGGUGAAUGACUGUGUGCUGCGAGUGAACGACGUGGACGUCUCCGAGGUGGUGCACAGCAAAGCUGUGGAGGCCCUGAAGGAAGCGGGCCCCGUGGUGCGGCUCGUGGUGCGCCGCCGGCAGCCCCCGCCAGAGACCAUCAUGGAGGUCAACCUGAUGAAGGGCCCCAAAGGCCUGGGGUUCAGCAUCGCAGGGGGCAUCGGGAACCAGCACAUCCCCGGGGACAACAGCAUCUACAUCACCAAGAUCAUCGAGGGAGGCGCUGCCCAGAAGGACGGGCGCCUGCAGAUCGGGGACCGGCUGCUCGCGGUGAAUAACACGAACCUGCAGGACGUGCGGCACGAGGAGGCAGUGGCAGCCCUGAAGAACACCUCUGACAUGGUGUACCUGAAAGUGGCCAAGCCCGGCAACAUCCACCUCAACGACAUGUACGCGCCCCCCGACUACGCCAGCACCUUCUCAGCCUUGGCUGACAACCACAUAAGCCAUAACUCCAGUCUGGGCUACCUGGGCAGUGUUGAGAGCAAGCCUUCCUACCCCGUCCCUCCCCAGGUGACUCCAUCGCGGUACUCGCCCAUCCCUCGGCACAUGCUCGGGGACGAGGACUUCACCAGGGAGCCGCGGAAAAUCAUCCUACACAAAGGCUCCACCGGCCUGGGCUUCAACAUUGUUGGAGGGGAAGAUGGCGAGGGGAUCUUCGUGUCCUUCAUCCUGGCUGGAGGCCCUGCUGACCUCAGCGGGGAGCUGCGGAGGGGAGACCGCAUCCUCUCGGUGAACGGCGUGAACCUCCGCAACGCCACCCACGAGCAGGCGGCGGCGGCGCUGAAGCGGGCGGGGCAGACGGUGACCAUCAUCGCGCAGUACCGGCCCGAAGAGUACAGCCGCUUCGAGUCAAAGAUCCACGACCUGAGAGAGCAGAUGAUGAACAGCAGCAUGAGCUCCGGCUCCGGCUCGCUCCGGACAAGCGAGAAGAGAUCUCUCUAUGUCCGAGCCCUGUUUGACUACGACCGGACCCGGGACAGUUGCUUGCCCAGCCAGGGGCUCAGCUUCUCCUACGGGGACAUCCUGCAUGUUAUCAACGCCUCCGACGAUGAGUGGUGGCAAGCCAGGCUUGUCACACCCCACGGCGAGAGUGAGCAGAUCGGGGUCAUACCCAGCAAGAAAAGGGUGGAAAAGAAGGAGAGAGCGCGGUUGAAAACAGUGAAGUUCCACGCCAGGACUGGCAUGAUUGAGUCCAACAGGUCGAUCAAAACGAAACGUAAAAAGAGUUUCCGCCUCUCUCGAAAGUUUCCAUUUUACAAGAGCAAAGAGAACCUGGCCCAGGAGAGCAGCGGACAGGAACAGGGCGUGACAUCAAACACCAGUGACAGCGAGAGCAGUUCCAAAGGACAAGAGGACACCAUCCUGUCGUAUGAGCCGGUGACGCGGCAAGAAAUUCACUAUGCGAGGCCGGUGAUCAUCCUGGGGCCAACAAAGGACCGAAUUAACGAUGACCUCAUCUCCGAAUUCCCACACAAGUUUGGUUCCUGCGUGCCCCACACUACCAGGCCUCGGCGUGAGAACGAGGUGGACGGACAAGACUACCACUUCGUCGUAUCCCGUGAACAGAUGGAGAAAGACAUCCAGGACAACAAGUUCAUAGAGGCUGGGCAGUUCAAUGACAAUCUCUAUGGGACCAGCAUUCAGUCAGUGCGGGCAGUGGCAGAGAGGGGGAAACACUGCAUCCUGGAUGUGUCUGGCAACGCUAUCAAGAGGUUGCAACAAGCACAACUUUAUCCCAUUGCCAUUUUCAUCAAACCAAAAUCCAUUGAAGCUCUCAUGGAGAUGAACCGGAGACAGACAUACGAACAGGCCAACAAGGUCUUUGACAAAGCCAUGAAACUCGAGCAAGAGUUUGGAGAGUAUUUUACAGCCAUCGUACAAGGAGACUCUCUUGAAGAGAUUUACAGCAAAAUCAAACAGAUCAUUGAGGACCAGUCCGGGCACUACAUCUGGGUCCCGUCCCCAGAGAAACUCUGAAGAUGUCCCCCACCUGCUUCCCUGUGAGCAGAAGAUCUCUGAAGUCCCACCCCACCCAAGCCCUCUGCCCGAAGGGGGAGGGAUAUGAAAACUAUUCCUGCCCCCUUUUUUAGAUCGUCGCAAAAUUGAGUUUUCUAGUCCUGUUUCUUUUGUUGGGAUGAACUCAUCUCAUUCAUCACGUGACUGUUCCCACCGUUCCUGCAUGGACCUUCCCACUGCUCCAUUAGAGACAGAUGAGAACCCAUUCAAGGUCGUUUUUUAUUAUUAUUAUUAUUAUUAUAUUAUUAUUAUUAUUAUUAACUAAACCAAGAAUCAAGAUGGGAGGAGGUGGCUAAGGACUAACAUAAGAAACAAGUGAAACAAUGGACUCUGAGCACAUGAGCUAGUAUCAGAGCUCCAGGGGCAUUUUUCCAAGUGUGACUGUCUAGCAGCUCUGAACAGUGUGACAGAAAGGCAGUAGAAAGCAUUUUAUUUAUCUGUAUAUGUAAUUUAUAUAUAAUAUAGAGAGAGAUAUUAUAUAUAUAUUAUAUAUAUAUAUAUGUGUAUGUGGACUAGGAAACCUGAGGGACCUCUCUCAAAAGGUAUUGUAUUAUUGCAAGGAUCUUUCAGUUUCUCUGUCCCAACCGCUGGGCGUAGGGAGUCCACUUGGGCAGGAAGAGCUCAAAACGGUACCAGGUGCUUCGGAAGCGUCUCCUGUUGGGGCCAGCCUCCUGCCAGCUGCCCCAGGCCUAUGAGGCAGAGCAGAGACUGGUACACUGCCUGUGCAGAAGGGACCAGAGGUCCAGAGUAACACAGCAAGGAGCAGCAGCUGAUCUGAGUGAGGCUGGAGACAGACUGAGCAGGAGGCUGCAGAGCAAGAGAAUGGAUGAUACUACAUAUUAAAUUGCACAUUGUUUUACACACCACCUUAUGUGUUUGCAUGAGAGGUUUCCUUUUGGUUCUAUUUUUUUAAGCUGAUUUUAAACCAAAACCAUAUUGUGUUGCUGUGUUGGCUUUUUUUUUUUUCAUAAUCCCAUUUUUCUCUUGUUAAUAAUGAACUGAAUGGGUAUAAAAUCCAGUUUUUUAACUUAUUUUUUAAGCUGGCUCUAUUGUAAAUAGAAUCUAGAUCUGCAGUGUUUAGUUAAGAAAUACUCUACCGGUCACAUGGAACAAAUGUACUUGCUGACCUGUGUUGCUGUGGAAAACUUGGGACAUUGGGCUGGCCUGGUACCUGUGGGCGCAGGUGAAAUGACCCAUUUUAGCUUGCGGCAGCACGCUGGCAUUCCUUUCUGCGUUAGCCACUGGCAGGAAAAGCCCCACGCUGUGCCUUGGAUGGACACUCACACUUUUCCAAAUCAGUAACAGAACUGAAGAACUUCCUCCCUCUCUUCCCUGCUCCAUGCCAAAUUCCUGGCUCUGGUGCAUGCAGGUGGUGGUGGUGGCCUUCCCAGUGGAAGGGCCAUCCUUCCAGCCCAGCAGGGACGUCGCCUGCUGCUCUGGGAGCUGGGGCUUGGCAGGUGAAUGGGUGGUCGCCUCGCCUGGUUCUGUCUCUGACAUCUCUGCAUAAAUCCUCUUUCUGAAACUGGGCUCUGCUCCCUCUCUCAAGGCCACCUUAGAAAAGCAAAUUGGGUGUGCUGUGCUCGCAGGUCUGUGGGGCGGGGGGAUGCAGAGUUGCACCCAUCUGCUGUGCACUGGGAUUUUUCAAGUGAGGCGACCAUUGCUGCUGAGACAGUUGGCCCUAAGCUGAGAAAUGUCUUUGAGGACACUUUGGCUUCCAUGCAUGAAUGGGGCUCCAUCAUGGGAACAGAGCCUUGUGUGAAGCUGGGGGGGAACUUGCACAGCCUUUGAGAAGGAGCUAUGUUGCUGGGUACUCAUAAUACAGGUAGCAGAGCGCUCCCACCUUACAAAGACUUGGUGAAUGCUGUUUCUCGGACACAGUGCCAAGCACCAGAAGAAAGGAGGUCACCAUACGAGCACGAGCAGGUAAGUCUUGGCCCAUUCUCUCUCCCCUAUUUUAUAGGGGUAAGUGAACGUGCGGGGUGCUGGUCCCCUUUCCUGAAGGUAACGGUUAUCAGUAUGUCAGUCAGUACAUGGUGCGCACAGGCCCCGGUUUUCAGUGUGAACGAGAACUGCUGUAAGACUGUACAUGUACUGUCUGGUGAGAAGCUGUCUUUACUCAUCCUGCAUCACAAGGAGCCCUGCGAGAACCGAGCAGCUUCCUGGGACAGAAAGUGCUGCAGAAGAGAUGCAGCUGCUAGUGCAGUGGAGGGCAGGAAGGAUUCUGCUGUCAGUGGGACUGACCCUAAAGGAGUGAACUUUGGCAAUGGAUUCCCGUUCGGCAUCUAGCCCCCUGCCCCGCUGGUCCUGCUCUGGCUGCUAUAAACAGCAGUCCCUGGAGAAGUGGAGUAAGUGAAACAGAAGUCCUUAAGAUGCUAGUCACACUGUUCCUGUCUCUCUCUUUUUUUUUUCUUUUUUCUUUUUUUUCUUUUUUUUUUUUCCCCCCUAAUAGCCUGUCUCCCUCUCAUCAAGUCACAUGGAGAAAAAGAUGAUGUACUCCAUGGCAUAGCUGACAGUAUCGAAUCGAUCAUGACAACACUAGUUGAUUACCAGUGUUUCUUCCAAGGAGACAUAUAUUUUUAAUAAACAGAGAGUUGCAAAGAA